CAAUAUUUAUACAUGUAUUGAUCAAAACUCCUAAAAUCUUUAUGCGACUGCAAUGCGACCGCAAUGCGACCGUGAUUGAUAUUUAAAACAUUGAGUAUUAGUAUAUAUAGUGUCCCUCAGAGGGAAUUAGAAGUAUACCAUAUUAAUUAAUGAAUAUGAAGAAGAAACCAAUCAUCCUUUUGGUUCCCUAUCCUGCACAGGGACAUGUUAAUCCCAUGCAAAAUCUAGCCUCAUCUUUUAUAGCUCAAGGAUUUGAAACCUUGAUGAUCCUCCCUCAACAUGUUCAUAAGAAGAUUAAUGUUGAUGAUGAUAAGAUUGUUAAGUGUGUUGUUGGUUUGGAAGAUGGGAUUGAAGAGGAAACAACAACACCUGAUUUCUUUGCCAUUGAGUCAUCCAUGGAGAACAUAAUGCCAAACCAUUUGGAAGAGUUUCUUCAAAAUAAUCAAAGGCUUGGUGAAGUGUGUUUGAUGGUUGUUGAUUUGUUGGCAUCUUGGGCCAUACAAGUGGCUGGGAAGUUUGGGAUCACUACUGUUGGGUUUUGGCCAGCAAUGCUUGCAUCUUAUCUUUUGAUUGAAGCCAUACCUCAGAUGCUUAGGACUGGACUCAUAUCCGAUACAGGAGUUCCACAACAUGAAGGAAAAAUUACCUUUUUACCUACAUUGCCCUUAGUCUCAACCAAUGAUUUACCAUGGCUUAUUGGAACAAUUGAUGCAAGAAAAGCAAGAUUUAAGUUUUGGAUGAGAACUUUGGAAAGAUCAAAAGACCUUAAAUGGAUCUUGGUGAAUUCCUUUCCUUCUGAAACCAGAGUUAAGCAGCAAAAUGUAUUAUUUAUAGGCUCUAUUUGUAGGCCUCAAGAAUCAACUAAAACACUAAGUUUCUGGGAAGAAGAUUUAACUUGUUUGAAGUGGCUAACAAAUCAAAAGGCUAAUUCAGUUGUUUAUGUGUCAUUUGGAAGUUGGGUGAAUCCAAUAGGAGAAUCCAAUUUGAAAAAACUAGCACUAGCUCUUGAGGCUACAACGAGGCCUUUCAUUUGGGUCUUGAGGUCCACUUUGCAUCAAUGGUUACCAAUUGGGUUUUUGGAGAGAGUUUUCAAGCAAGGGAAAGGCAUGAUUGUUUCUUGGGCACCACAAUCAAAGAUUUUAGAACAUGAUUCAGUUGGCUGUUUUAUCACACAUUGUGGUUGGAAUUCUACUUUGGAGGCUUUACAAUUUCGAAAAAAGUUGCUGUGCUACCCUUUGGCCGGAGACCAGUUUCUGAAUUGUGCAUAUAUUGUUGAGGUAUGGAGAGUUGGUUUAAGAUUGAAUGGGCUUGGUCUAAAGGAUGUUGAAGAACGGGUUGAAAAGUUGAUGGAAGAUAAGGAAAUGAGUAAUCGAUUAGAUACAUUAUAUGAAAGGUUCAUGGAAAUUCAUGCAUAUGAUGAUAAGAGUGGACAUUUUCUUUUGAAAGAAAUGCUAAAGAAAGCAUCUAAUAAUUCAUGAAAAUUCUAGUUAAAUCAUCAUUCAUGAUGUUCCACCAUUAAUAAUUACA